CGGCUCGCGGCAAAGUUUCGCCUGCGAUCGCCACUCCAGGAUUCUGCCGCAGUGCUAGGGGCUGUAACCUUGAACUUUCCCAGCGCGGUGACACAUUCUCCUCGCUCUCCCGCCCGCCCUCCUGCGACCCCCCUCCCCGCCUUUUUUAAAAAAGCAUUUCACCACCAACCACCACCCCAAACCAACCCACACCGAACCUUUGCGCACCCCCUGUCCCCCAACAACAACAACAACAACUGCAAAACAGAAAACAAACCCCCAAACCCAGGCGAAAAGCAGCCGACACAGACACCGGCGGCGGCGGCGGCGGCGGCGGCCUCGGCGAGCACGGCCGGCGCGCCAGGACUGCGAGAGGGUUAGGAGUGUAGAUUGGAUUUCACCCCGGGAAACCCGGCACGCCGAGUGAACUUGAAUCUUCGGCUAUUUAAGGAGGACUGGGUUCGCUGUGAGGUGGCGGUGAUCCAGCGCAGAGCCCCGUCCUGAUUGAUCGCAUCGCGGGCUCAGAUGACUGUAAAAUGAAUCGAUGAAAUUCUUGCUUCUCGAAGAUUUUCUUGGGCAUCUCCGGGAAAGUGCGUUUUAAGGCGAAGUCAUGAUGUAUUCUCCCAUCUGUCUCACUCAGGAUGAAUUUCACCCAUUCAUCGAGGCACUUCUUCCACAUGUCCGUGCAAUCGCCUAUACUUGGUUCAACCUGCAGGCUCGAAAACGCAAGUACUUUAAAAAGCAUGAGAAGCGAAUGUCAAAGGAUGAAGAAAGAGCAGUCAAAGAUGAGCUUCUCAGUGAAAAGCCUGAAAUCAAACAGAAGUGGGCAUCCAGGCUCCUGGCCAAACUGCGCAAAGAUAUCCGCCAGGAGUACCGAGAGGACUUUGUGCUUACCGUGACUGGCAAGAAGCACCCGUGCUGUGUCUUAUCCAAUCCCGACCAGAAGGGUAAGAUUAGGAGAAUCGACUGCCUGCGACAGGCAGACAAAGUCUGGCGUCUGGAUCUAGUCAUGGUGAUCCUGUUCAAAGGCAUCCCCUUGGAAAGUACCGAUGGAGAGCGGCUCAUGAAAUCCCCACAUUGCACAAACCCAGCACUUUGUGUCCAGCCACAUCAUAUCACAGUAUCAGUUAAGGAGCUUGAUUUGUUUUUGGCAUACUACGUGCAGGAGCAAGAUUCUGGACAAUCAGGAAGUCCAAGCCACAAUGAUCCUGCCAAGAAUCCUCCAGGAUACCUUGAGGAUAGUUUUGUAAAAUCUGGAGUCUUCAAUGUAUCAGAACUUGUGAGGGUAUCCAGAACGCCCAUAACCCAGGGAACUGGAGUCAACUUCCCAAUUGGAGAAAUCCCAAGCCAACCAUACUAUCAUGACAUGAACUCGGGGGUCAAUCUUCAGAGGUCGCUGUCUUCUCCACCAAGCAGCAAAAGACCCAAAACUAUAUCCAUAGAUGAAAAUAUGGAACCAAGUCCUACAGGAGACUUUUACCCCUCUCCAAAUUCACCAGCUGCUGGAAGUCGAACAUGGCAUGAAAGAGAUCAAGAUAUGUCUUCUCCGACUACUAUGAAGAAGCCUGAGAAGCCAUUGUUCAGCUCUACAUCUCCACAGGAUUCUUCCCCAAGACUGAGCACUUUCCCCCAGCACCAUCAUCCCGGAAUACCUGGAGUUGCACACAGCGUCAUCUCAACUCGAACUCCACCUCCACCCUCACCGUUGCCAUUUCCAACACAAGCUAUCCUUCCUCCAGCCCCAUCGAGCUACUUUUCUCAUCCAACAAUCAGAUAUCCUCCUCACCUGAAUCCUCAGGAUACUCUGAAGAACUAUGUACCUUCUUAUGAUCCAUCCAGUCCACAAACCAGCCAGCCUAACAGCAGUGGUCAAGUAGUAGGGAAAGUGCCUGGCCAUUUCACUCCUGUCUUGGCACCCUCUCCCCAUCCCAGUGCAGUGCGACCUGUGACCUUGACCAUGACAGAUACUAAACCCAUCACUACAUCCACUGAAGGUGAGGCAGCUUCACCUACAGCAACCACCUACACAGCCUCAGGCACAUCUCAAGCCAAUCGAUAUGUGGGACUAAGCCCAAGAGACCCAUCCUUCCUACAUCAGCAACAGCUGAGGAUUUGUGACUGGACCAUGAAUCAAAACGGCAGGCAUUUAUACCCCAGUACCAGUGAGGAUACAUUGGGAAUUACUUGGCAAAGUCCUGGUACCUGGGCUAGCUUGGUUCCUUUCCAAGUGUCAAAUAGGACACCCAUCCUACCGGCAAAUGUCCAAAAUUACGGUUUGAACAUAAUUGGAGAACCUUUCCUUCAAGCAGAAACGAGCAACUGAGGGAAAACGAAAUACAAUAGUUUAAGAAAUUUAAAAAAAAAAAAAGGAAAAGAGGAAGACUGGACAAAACAAAACACAACAAAGGGAGAAAGGAAAGAAACUGAAGAAAGAAGAUAAUAGACCAGCAAUUGCAGCACUUACAAUCACUAGUUCCCUUAAGGUUGAAACUGUAAUGACAUAAAAAGGGUCGAUGAUAUUUCACUGAUGUUAGAUCACAGCCCCUGCAACGUAGCCUUUGUUACAUGAAGUCCGCUGGGAAAUAGAUGUUCUGUCUCUAUGACAAUAUAUUUUAACUGACUUUCUAGAUGCCUUAAUAUUUGCAUGAUAAGCUAGUUUUAUUGGUUUAGUAUUCUUGUUGUUUACGCAUGGAAUCACUAUUCCUGGUUAUCUCACCAACGAAGGCUAGGAGACAGCGUCAGAGGUGCUGGGUGACAGCCAUGAGCCAGCCGUUUUAUAAGCACUCUGAUUUCUAAAAGUUAAAAAAUAUGUAAAAUCUCUGUAGCCUUUAGUUAUCAGUACAGAUUUAUUAAAUUUUGGCCCUUAACCCAGCCUUUUCCAGUGUGUAACCCAGUUUGAAAUCUUUAAAAAAAAAAAAUAAAGAAAAGAAAAAUGAAAAAAAAAAAGAAAAAAAGAAAAAAGGAAAAAAAAAACAGUUUGAACACAAAGGCUCUAUGGAGGAGAUGCCUCUAUGUAGGUGAAGUGUUAUCUCUGCAUGCAACAGUAAAAAUUAAUAUAAUAUUUUCCCCACAAAAGAAACACUUAACAGAGGCAAGUGCAAUUUAUAAAUUUAUAUCUAAAGGGGAAUCAUGAUUAUAAGUCCUUCAGCCCUUGGACUCUAAAUUGAGGGGAUUAAAAAGAAUUUAAAUAAUUUUGAACGAAUUUAUUUUCCCCUCCGUUUUUGAGGGCAUUAAAAAGGCAUUAAAUCAAGACAAAUCAUGUGCUUGAGAAAAAUAAAAUUAAUGAAAAUACAGCACUUAUGUUGGUUUAGCUGCAGCCUCCUUGGAGGUAGAAUUUAUUUAUUUAAAAUUACUGGUUGCAUCAAGAACCCAUAGGGUGUACAAAAGGUUCUAUAAAAUCUGCAUUAUAGAGACAAAGAGGCAGGCAAAUCCAUGUCACAAGGGUAAAGCUUACAGUUUACAAACUGGGAACGCCAGGGUGUAGGAUAUAAAAACGCACUCUUGAGAAAACAAAUGUAAUCAGGGUGCUGAAAACUUGCAUGGUGCUUUCAGACAUUAGCCUUGUUCAACAAAUUUCUUGUAUUGACAGAUCCGUAGUGUGCAUGGGCAGACACAUUUUGCCUCUAUGUCUCUUAAAAUUUUAAUUAAAAAUACUCUUUCCAGUAAUCCUAAUUUGCACGAAGAUAUAAUGUCCACAUUACGUGCCUUGCCUUGAAAUCUAAAAAACAAAAAACAUAAAAAAAAACAAAAAAACAAAAAAGUGACAUCACUACACUUGUUUUGCUGCAUUUAUUAUCAUUUUAAAUCUUUACCAUUUUUAUGACAAAAUAUUUUGUACUCCAGACGAAGAAAAAUGUGUGACAUCAUGGAUUUUUUAGACAGUUAUUAUACCUUUAUCUCACAUUUAUAAAGCAUAUCAUGGCUGUGUAUAGUUGCCGCUUAAAAAUUGUAAUCGACCAGCAAUAUUUUCAGUAUUUUGGUGUUUUUUCUAUUAACCUUUCAUGUUUUUCAUCUUCCAAUUAAUAUUUGGGGGGGAGGGGUUUCAAAUUUAUACGAAUUAUGCAAUACCAAGUUUUGCCUAUGUAGGUAGUGCUUUUAGCUGUAUUGGUUAUUAUAGGUAAGUACACAGAUUUAAAAAAAUAAUGUAUGCUUUUUUUUUUUGUUUGUUUGUUUUAAUUGACCAAAGUGGGUACUGCUAUUUUUGCAGUGUGAUGAGGUCCUUUUGUGUACUGAGAGAUGGACAGGGGAUUUUUUUUUAAUAUACAUAUAUAUAUAUAUUCUGGGGUGGGUGGGAGGAUUUUUUAACACUUUACAGUGUAGCUGUGAAGCAGUGCACCCUGAGAUGGGCCUGGGCUGCAAAGCGACUGUUCUGCCUACUGUGACAAACUUCAACUCUUACACAGGUUCCCCCUCUCUAACUUCCCACCUGGGGUGCAAGCUGAACUCAUUUCUCGUUUUCAUAACAACACAAUAGUAAGAGCAAGCAAACACAACAAAUUCUCCUGGAGGCAGACUUGGCUUAAAAAGGCAGACUUGGCUUGGUGGUAGUUUUUUCUUGAAUGUUCCAGAUCCACAGUGGAGAGUGAGCCUGUCUCAUAUUUGGCAAAGAUAUUAGUUGAAAUGUCCACAUAGUGGAUGUUGGAUGUUAAACACUAUUGGGGUUUAAACAUGAAUGUACUUUCUCCUACAAAACACAUGAGACCAGGUGGAGAGAGUGCUCCCAGAUCUGUCCCUGCCACUUCUCUUCCCCAUCCUCUCAUUUCAUGAAUGACAGGAUCUGAUUUACCUGUGACUUACUAUGUCAGAUGGAUGGCGGUGCACUAGGGUUUUUUUUUUUUUUUUUUUUGAAGUAUCCUGAAGAUUGAACAAAGGUUGCUAUUAUUGAAUGUAUUUGGACUGAUAGAUUAAAAUCAAAGUUCAAUUUUUAAGGAACAAAAAAAAUAAAUAAAUAAACCUUGUUAGGUUUUGUUUUUACCUGCCCUUUUAAACUGAGAACCAGAGCAGGAGGGAAAUAUAGAAUUUUAAGAAAUUAAUUUUCCUGUGGAUGAAUUAAGCCCAUUAGAUGCUGAUGGGAUAUUUUUAAGGGAUGGUACCUCAAAUGUAGAUUUGAUUUAGUUUCCCUGGAGGGCUAGAGGGUGAAUGGAGGCUGGUUUCGUUUUGCCACCCUCUCCUCCCCUCCCCCCGCCCAGACCUCCCUCCCUAUCCAGUCCCAUUGAGUGAAUUCAUUACUAGAAGGAAAAUUUUUCAGAAGUAGUGACAUGAGAUAGGCUGUUUUCAGGAGCCCCGGACCCCCUUCCCCCAGGUCAUAGUCUAAUAAAAUAAACUGUCAAUUGUUCUCACAGCAUAUCGUUUAAUAAUGAAUACUUUAGAACAAUGCUUAUGGGCUAGAGAAUUGAAUUUGAUUAGCCCAUUCAGUUUGAUAGCCCAAACGCUGAAUAGCACAGCGGGAUCCUAGCAGCGCAAGUUCAGAAGUAAGUCCAAUCAUUUCUAUGAUACUUGCCCUGGUAAAAAACAGAUCAUCUCAGCCAACGUCUUCAUGUAUCUUUGAUCUAGUAGGUGAACAAAUUAACCUCACAGGACACGCAGUAUUCUUUAAAGGCAGACUCGCUCUCCUUUUUGCCAGUGAACGGGCAGUUUUAGCUAAAUGUUACACACUGUGGGUAUUCCUGCCUGCCUCUUGAAUACAAAGGCCUAGUUCAAGUGUUGCUUUUUUUUUUUUUUUUUAAUUCCUUUUUUUCUUCUCCUCUCCUCUUGAGAUAAACAGUGAAAAAUACUACUAUAUAUAAAACCUCAAAUUCAUUUUUCGGCCUCCUUCUAUUUUACCAGGAAGUAUAUUUGGACGAAGGGCCCCACUUUUGCAAGUCUUGCACGCCCCUCCCUUACUCAGAACUGCGGAGCUUCAGGAUGGCACAGGUCGCCCCAGGGCAUCAGCAGGGGGCAGUGUGUCCAGCCACCAGUUCCGUGGCACUGUUCAGCUUUUGCUGUUGCUUUGCAGCCCACCACUCCCAGUGCCUCUGAAGCGUGUUUCCCCUGGAGUGACAUGAGCGUUUGAGGCUUGUCUAAGGAAAUAAAAAAAAUAAAAGGCAGUGAAGGAGACUGUACAUAAAGACAUGGCAAAAAUCUUAAUUAUAGCAAUAUAGUUAUCGGGUAACGUUUGGGUGGGCAGCUCCAUUAAAAAAUAUGUGAAUGAAUCUGUGAAGCUGCAGGUAGCAAGAAGAGCGAAAGGUCUUCUUAACGAACCGCCUACCUUGUAGACAGUAAUUUGUACACUGUAUAGUUUUGUUAAGAAUUUUUUUUUAAAUUAAAAUUCCCAUGUUUGUAAAGCUAACUUUUUAACAAUUAUAAUGGAACUAUAUGUUGUUUCCAUUUUUAAAGUAAACAAGAAUAUUCCUUGUUUAGAGACUGGACUUGAGUUAAAACUCUCCAGUCUCUUAAGUUAUGUAUUAAAAAAAAAAUCUGUCCAUGUUAGGAGUUAUUUCACAGAUUCCUGUGCUUGAAAAGCAUAGGAUACUAAUCCUUUAAAAAAGUGUAAAUGGAGAAAAGUUAUAUUUUAUGAAGGUUAUUUUGUUGUAUUUAGUAUUGGAAAAGUUGGUUUUCAGAGCAUUUCAGAAUGUCGGAAGCACCACUGUCUUUUUAUUAGUAUAUACGGCCUUUAGCAAAAGUUUUUGUGAUUGUCACGUGAUGGUAUUUAAGGUUAAGUUUCACAGAGCAUUCAGGAUAGGCAGAAAAUGAAAGCAGUGCUAUGUCUCACAUUAACGUGUCCUCAGGGAGCAGAAUCUUGGAUUUGUGACUUGUAGCUUCAUAAGGACUCAACGAAAGAGAUUGCACAGGGACAUCUUCAGCAGUGUGACAGCAGGACAUGUUCUUUACCUAGACUCAAAAUUCUAUGUACUGUGUGGAACGAUGAAGGCUGCAGAAAGCUCUCCCAUAUUCAGUGUACAGUAUUCAUUUUUAAUGAAACAACUCUACAAUAUUGCUGGCAGAUAGGCCCCAAGCAUGACAUUCAAUAUAGUUUACAUGUUCCUGUCGAGGUCUUCUGUUAACAUUAACCAGCUGCAUGCUUCCUGGACUUUAAGAAAUUGGGUUUCUAUAGAACACUAUUUUUUUUUUAUGUGCAGGCUAUUCAAGUUCAAUAGUAAAAGCUCAAAAUUGAAUGUUCUACUCCAUGCUGAAGGAGCUGAAAGCUGCCUUCUUCAUAUUUUGCACUUUCUGGUAGUUCCCCUGUUUUUUCUAAUUCCUUAAAAUUGUGUGGGUGGAGUGGAGCCCUGCAGUUGGGGGGUAACAUGGACCACUGAUUUUGCCCUUUGACCCUGCACAAUGACCUUUGCAUCAGCCAAACUCAUUGCCAUGACAACUCUUUGUACUGUGUCCGUGCCAUGUUGGUCACAUUGUUAAUAGUAAAGGGGACAAGUUGGAGACGGUCAAUUUUUACAUUUUUUGUUGCAAUUUUUUCUUCAAUGGUUGUAAGUAGUUUUGUUUGUUUGUUUUUUUUUUUAAAUAAUAAAAGGGUUCACUAGUUAA